AAUUCUUUCUGGAUCAGACAGAGCGGUCUUCGCUGUCAUCUAUUUUUACUACAUAGCUGGAUAUUGCCUGCCCCUCUGAAGGGCUUCCAUCAUUUUUUAUUUUUUUAUUUUUUAGAAUUGAUUAGUAAUGUAGUAUAAUGUAGUACAAUAAUUAAUGUAACAUUCAUAUUUCUUGUGAAAGUGGACUUGGUGUCGAUAUUUUAAUGUGAAGAUCGAUUCUAAAAAACACACGUCUAUAUUGAAAGUAUCGACAUUCCUGAAUCGAUACGAGCAUCUUUCUCUAUCCGUCUUUGCUCUCUCUCCCUUCCCACAACCCUUUGCGGCAGCUCUGCGAUGCUAGCCGCUAAGCUAAAGCUGAGGCUAGUCUAGUAGGUAAUCUGUCAGCCUGGAGCUAAAAGCACGAACACCACCGCGCUCUUCCGGGAUACUCUCCUUUAAUGGCUGAAGAGGACCCUCUAAUGUGACUCCAGCUUGGCCGCCUGUGAUCAAGGACAGACGUGCUGCCCGUGCUGCCACAGUAGAUAUGCAUUCACUAUGCUGCUGAGAGGAGAAUGACAUUUGUCUCAUUUUAAUUCCUGGAGCUGCUUUGGGCAGAGUUGGGGCUUGAUUAAAAAAAAAAAAAAAAAGCUGCUCCUCUAAGCCAAGUUGGCCUCUUUCUCUUCAGCCUGCUCCUUUGCACCGCCACAGACGAGUGUGCAAGCGGCCAUGGCGCUGGAAGCCAAUUGAGCGAAAGGGGCUGAUCAGCCGCUCAGGAGGAUUGGACUGUGCUGCGUGAGUGGGGACUGGACGAAGAGAGCAGGCCCACUAAGGACACUAGGCUGCCUGUUUUAGGUCCCUCUGUCCCUUUUUUUUUUUUUUUCCCCCCCUUUCUCGCAAUCUCAUCGAUUUGGAUGGUUGAGCACAAGGGAUACUUUGAAGGACUCCACCGGUGGCUGUGGUUUGGCCAGAGCUGUCUGACUUCUUGCCAGCUAUUGGUGAUUUAGUACCAUUCUUCGCUGCUGUCACCGCUGAAGCCCCAUUCUCUGUGGUCUCCAGUAUGGUGAGUGGAGGCUGGAGGUAUCACAGAGCUGGAACUGAACAAUUAAUACUUGUGUAGUUGGUUGCUUUCCAUCAUUUUUUGUGACUGCACUGUGAGGGAUUGCUUUCCAGUUUUCAAGGACUUUUUUUUCUCUCUGGAAAAAAACACCCUAGUCAAGGGCUUUCAAAAAAAAAAACCCAAAAUUGAAAUCCCGGAAAGAAGACAGCUCCAGAGGAGGAUGAAGCUGAGGAAACAGGUGACAGUGUGCGGUGGGGCCAUAUUUUGUGUGGCUGUGUUCUCACUGUAUCUGAUGUUGGAUCGAGUCCAACACGAUCCUGCAAGGCGACAGAAUGGCGGGAACUUUCCACGGAGCCAAAUCUCCGUCCUGCAGAACAGGAUAGAGCAGCUGGAGCAGCUCCUGGAGGAAAACCAUCAAAUCAUCAGCCACAUAAAGGACUCUGUGAUGGAGCUCACAGACACAGGAGCUGUGUCUCCCAGCGGCCACCUGCCGUUCAGAAGUGCCAAUGGAUCCUGGGUCCUACCUUUCGAUGGUCGCCCCACUUUCCUCGCUGUCAAGCCCCAAGAUUGCCAAUUUGCUGCAGGCAGCCGUAGUCAAGCUGAUGUCCAGAUGCUGGAUGUAUACUCCAUUCUCAACUUCGACAACCCCGACGGUGGUGUGUGGAAACAGGGCUUUGACAUUACCUAUGAGCCCGACGAGUGGGACAACGAACCACUGCAAGUGUUUGUGGUCCCUCACUCUCACAAUGACCCAGGCUGGGUCAAGACUUUCGACAAGUACUUCACGGACCAGACGCAGCAUAUUUUAAACAACAUGGUCGUGAAGCUGGCCGAGGAUCCUCGCCGGAAGUUCAUCUGGUCCGAGAUUUCGUUCUUCGCCAAAUGGUGGGAAACCGCAGACGCACACAAACAAGAGGCCAUGCGCAAGCUGAUCCUGGGAGGACAGCUAGAGAUUGUGACUGGAGGCUGGGUGAUGACAGACGAAGCCAACGUUCACUAUUUUGCCAUGAUAGACCAGCUCAUUGAGGGGCACCAGUGGCUGGAGAGAAAUCUAGGUGUAACUCCUCGCAGCGGGUGGGCGGUGGACCCGUUCGGUCACAGCGCUACCAUGUCCUAUGUGCUGAAGAGAGCCAACCUGACCAGCAUGCUCAUCCAGAGGGUCCACUACUCCAUCAAAAAACACUUCGCCUCCACCCGCAGCCUGGAGUUUAUGUGGAGGCAGGCCUGGGACACCGGGUCCGACACGGACAUCUUCUGCCACAUGAUGCCGUUUUACAGCUACGAUGUGCCUCACACCUGCGGGCCCGACCCGAAGAUCUGCUGCCAGUUCGACUUCAAGAGGCUGCCGGGAGGUCGGAUCAACUGUCCCUGGAAAGUGCCGCCAAAAACUGUGGUGGAGGCCAACGUAGCAGAGAGGGCACAGCUGCUCCUGGAUCAGUACCGUAAAAAGUCCAAACUCUACCGCAGCAAAGUGCUUCUCGUUCCCCUGGGAGACGACUUCCGCUAUGACAAAGCCCUGGAGUGGGACCAGCAGUACGUCAACUACCAGAAGCUGUUCGACUACAUGAAUUCUCACCCGGAGAUGCACGUUCAGGCUCAGUUUGGGACUCUGACCGACUACUUCAACGCCGUGUACAAAGCCAACGGGGUGGCCCAGGGCUCCAGACCCGCUGACUUCCCUGUGCUCAGCGGGGAUUUCUUUGCCUACGCCGACCGCGAGGACCACUACUGGACUGGUUACUACACCUCCCGACCCUUUUACAAGAGCCUGGACCGUGUGAUUGAGUCACAUCUCAGGGGGGCGGAGAUCCUGUACAGCCUGGCGGUUGCGAAUGCUCGGCAUGCAGGCAUGGAAGGACGCUACCCGGUCUCGGACUACGCCCUGCUGGUCGACGCCAGGCGGUCGGUCGGCCUCUUCCAGCACCACGACGCCAUUACAGGCACUGCGAAAGAGAACGUCGUCAUCGAUUACGGCACAAAAUUACUGCGUUCACUCAUCGGCCUGAAGAGAGUUAUCAUCAAUGCCGCUCAUUUCCUGGUGAUGAAAAACAAAGAGUUUUAUCGCUUUUACCAGACCGAACCCUUCCUGGAGACGGAUGACCGGCGCGCCACUCAAGACUCUCUGCCCCAGCGCACUUUAAUCGAGCUGGACUCAGCAGGGCCGAGGUACCUGGUUCUGUUCAACCCCGUGGAACAGGAGCGUCUGUGCGCCGUCACCGUGCUGGUCAACACGGUCAGGGUGCGCGUGCUCACCGAGGACGGACAGACGCUGCCCGUGCAGCUGAGCGCUCAGUGGAGCUCCGCCAGUCAGAUGAGCGCGGAGGUAUUCGAGGCGACGUUCAUGGUUCGCCUGCCUCCCCUCGGCCUGGCCGUCUUCCACCUCUACGACUCUCCGGACUCGCCGAUGACCCUGCGCUCGGACACCCUGCUCAGGCUGUCUGGCCGGGGCGUCACCGCCCGGGCGGCCGACCCGCUCCCCGUCCACUCUCAGCAGGCCGACUCCCAGACCUUCUACAUCAGCAGCCAGUCCCUGACGCUGGGCUUCUCCGGAACCACCGGCCUGCUGGAGAGCAUCAAGCGCAGAGAUGAUCCUCAGGAAGUGAAGGUUCAGAUGCAGUUCAUGGUGUACGGCACUCGUCCCUCCAAAGACAAAAGCGGGGCUUACCUCUUCCUGCCGGAUGGAAAGGCAAAGCCCUACAACCAGAAGGAGCCACCUGUGGUGCGUGUCGUUGAAGGACCUCUUUUCUCCGAGGUGGUGGCUCACUACCAGCACUUCCAGCAGACUGUUCGCAUACACAAUGUGCCAGGGGUGGACGGUUUAUCUAUAGACUUCACGACCAUGGUGGACAUCAGAGAUCAGACCAACAAGGAGCUGGCCAUGCGUCUGGUCACGGACAUCGAGAGCGGGGACGUCUUCUACACGGACCUCAACGGCUUCCAGAUGCAGCCCCGUCGACAUUACCUGAAGCUUCCCCUGCAGGCCAACUUCUACCCCAUGCCCAGCCAGGCGUACAUCCAGGACAGCAACCACCGCCUCACGCUGCACACGGCUCAGUCUCUCGGUGUCAGCAGCCUGGAGAGCGGCCAGCUGGAAGUGAUAAUGGACCGGCGGCUGAUGCAGGAUGACAACCGGGGCCUGGGUCAAGGCCUGAAGGACAACAAGAAGACGGCGAACCGCUUCCGGCUGCUGCUGGAGAGGAGGUCCACGGGCAACAAGCGUGACGGCUUCUUCGCCAAACUCUCCUCCUUGUUUCGUUCUUUCAUCUCUCGCGUCUUGAGUGACGGGGUCCGCGAGAUGACGGACGGCGCAACGACCAGCUUCCCGUCUAUACUCAGCCACAUGACCAACGCCUUUCUGAACCACGACGUCUUACCGCUGCCCGUCCUGCCCAAGAGACGCGGCAUCCCUCCCCUCCAGACCUUCGCCCCCCUCAAGUCCAUCCUUCCCUGUGACUUCCACCUGCUCAACCUGCGCAGCAUCCAGACCCAGCAGGACCCUCAGUCUCCGUCUCCGUACACGGCCUUGAUUCUUCACCGCCUGGCGCUGGACUGUGGCCUGGAGGCUCAGAACCUCGGCUUCAACUGCACCACAACACAAGGACAGCUGAGCGUAUCUGGACUGUUCAAGAACCUGGACCUGCAGCUGCUCCAGCCCAUGUCCCUGACCCUGAUGCACUCUGGCGCGCCGCUGGCCAACGACACCACCCUCAGCCUGGAUCCCAUGGAGAUCUCCGCCUUCAAGCUCAAACUGCGCUAAGAGCCGUCCAAGUAAUAAUAAAAAAACGGGAAAAAAAAAAAACAAGCAAUAUAAAAGCUCCAGACUCCACGGACCAACAAACGGCGCCGCGCUGGCCGCAGACUGGCACCAGAGGGGUCUGGGUCUCUCUGUUUUGUUAAGGAGAACCACACACACAUACAAACACACACACACCAAUCCACACCCACACCCACGGAGGCAAGGUCCACUGUAACAGGACUCAGUGCACAGCAGGGGGCAGGCCAUAGCUGUUACUGUGGACGUCUCUGAGAGCAGAGAAACCCAGGCGAACAACGCAGCUGUAAAAGAGAAAGACGCCAUCAGACACGACCCGGUUUGUCUCUCCGCAAAGGAAAAUGAAAUUUAGUUGUGCUUCGUAAAGGACUCGUGUCUUUUUCUAUCUUCGCUCUAUCCUAGACUGAGCUACUGAAUGUAAAUAUCCCAAAACGACGGGAGCCGGGGACUGGUGCCACAUCAGCGUGCAAUUUAUGAAGCUUUAUUUGGUGAAUGGGUUUUUACUUUUUUUUUUUCUUUCUCUCUCUUAUGUACGCCAUGAAGAAGAUCAGUUUCUUUUUUAUUCCUUUUUUUUUUUUUUUUUACUUAUCAGUCUAAUGUGACUGCAGUUUAUUUAAAAAUUUUUUGACAGACUCGAAUGCAGCAAACAGAAUGUGUGGUCUCUUCAUCGCAACCCGCCCAGAGACCCGAGCUGUGUCGGUCACGACGCGACGAUAAAAGCGAUCGUUAAUCGGAUGACUGUUUUCCUUCUGUCCGAACGUUCUUCUCUUGUAGAUAGUCACGGACUUUCUUUCCCUCACUUCUUGCCUCCCCCCACCCCCACCUCCCUCCCUGAGCUUCCUCUCUUUGCUGAUGGAAGGUCAAAGCUCCCGUCAGUCAUUCCUGCGCUUUGUGCCACCACCACCACUGUCGAGCGGAUGUGUUUGUGAACCAUACUGUAUGCAGUAGAAGACUAGGCAAAGACUUUACCUCGUAUAUGCGCCAUACAGCAGAUGUCCGUGUGUGUGUGUGUGUAGAGUACGUUUAUGUCGAGGGGAGUGGGGGGGGUUGUUGAAGCUACAGUGUGCACUAUCAGGGACGAUUCAUCAUGCAUUAAUGGGGGGGACGUCUGUGUCUUGCAGAGGGUCGUACCAUACCACCACCAAAAGGAAUAAAAGAGGAAUUCAAGAGCCAGUUCACCCAAAACUUACUCUCCGAUACAAAAAAAAAAAAAAAAAGUAGUCUUAAAAGAUUGUGUACUUUGAACUUUGCACAGUUUGAAAAAUAAAAAUUUGGACUUGUGGUCAUGAACAAUUUAAGGCUCCUGUCACGUUAUUUUCAAUGACUAAUCAGUAAAAUCACCACCAAAAUCAAGUCCAAGAAAUAUUAACAUUUAUAAAAACAAAAAGCAAAGGAGCAAAUAUUCACGUUUAAGAAGCGACAAAUGGAGAAUUUGACACUUUUGCUUAAUAAAUGACAAAACAAUGCUAAUUUAAGUCAUUACUUAAAAAAAGGUUGUCUCCUAAAACAGAAGCAAUUAAGCCAAAGCGAUUAAAAAAAAUAAUCAAAUCCAUAUUAGGCGACAAUUUAUUUCCAGUUUGUAAAGAAAACUGACGCUGUGCAGGUGCUGCGCUGAUUUACAGAGGAAGCUGAUCGGCGAUAAAACCAACAUUGUUACACUGAAGGUUGAUUGCUUCACAACGGUAAUAAAACUGCAAAUUGUGUUUUUUUUUCUUGAUUAGAACGAUCAGUAUAUGUAUCCAACACUUUGAGAGACCUGCCCGUGGAACUCGACACUAGUGAUGUUGUUUUGUUUCGAGUGUAAUUUGGGUGAACUGAACCUUUAGAAGUGAUCACACUGUACCUAAGGACCCUCGACAUGCAAGAAAAUUAGUUUCAAAUGAGCAGCAGCUUCUUCCCCCCUUUUUUUUCUUUUCUUCGAGGAUCAUUUGUGUCUAAAGAUGAGGCGUCUCGCGUCCCACCUGUGUCACCCCCCUCCCCCUCCCCCUCCCCCUCCUCCUGUGGUUAACAUUUCUGUCAGACCAGCCUUCAUCUUGAAUUGCACUUUUUCCUCCCCCCCUCCCCUCCCGGCGUCUUGUCACGACCUCCUCUCCCCCCGCUGUCUGGAUGUGCGUCCCACUUUCUGUAGAAUUUUUUUUCUUUCUUUUUUUUUUUAUAUAUAUAUAUAAAUGUGAAAAAAAUCCAUUGUAGCGCGCUGUUUCUGUUUGUUCAGAGGUAAUAAUAUAUGAAGGCUCUUCUGCUUCUUGUGAUUCAUGAUGGGAUUAAAGCGGCAGGAGAGAUGGGACGUGAAUAAAGAUUAAAAACUAAAA